AUGAACAUAUUGUAUACGAGCAAACACUUACAUCAUCAGCAAACAACGAUCUCAGAAGACAAACGUCUGUUGCAAGACGUCCGUCUGCUGUGCGACGUACGUCGUUACCACGCGUACGCGGCUCUGAACGCGAAGAACCAACUGCGCGCGCCCAGCGAGUGGGGCGUGGUCUUGAGGCCGGAGGCGGAGCCUUUGAUUGGCAGCACGGCGGGCGGAGCGGAGCAAGAGAGGCGGCGCCUGGAAGGGGGCGGGGCCGCUUCAGGGGCGGAGUUAGACGGUGCGGGAGAGGGUGGAGGCAGGACGACGGAUAAAGGGGGCGGAGGAGGCGAAGCGGAACAGUUACGGUGCCUCGCAUGCGAUUCGGAACGGGUGCGCAGCUGUUGGGUCACCGCGAUGAGGCUGGCAAAGUUUCAAGAGUUUUUUUAG